UCAAAAAUAAUUGUAUUGCAAAGAUAUUAAGAAUUCUCAGAAAAUGUUUACAAUAAACGAAACUGUAUCGUCAACAAUGACACUAUUAGCCACAACAACGGCUCAAUUGUCAUUGUUAGCAAUUUCUAGUACAACUUCCACAACAUUCGAACCGACAAAUGGAUCAACGGAAAUUCCUACAACGGACAGUCCAACAACACUUCAUAUAUCACCGGCCAUUUAUCCAACGGAACGAAAGUAUCCAAAUCCAUGCGUUAAAGAUUAUGAUCCAAAUAAAGAACUUUUUAAAUUCUACUGCUAUGGUGUGAUACUGAAUGUUAUUGGAAUUUUAGGGAUAUUAGGAAAUAUCAUUUCAAUGAUAAUCCUUUCACGACCACAAAUGCGAUCCAGUAUUAAUUAUCUACUAAUUUGUUUAGCCCUAUGUGAUACCGUUUUAAUUUUAGCCAGUAUAUUAUUGUUUGGUUUAUCCUCCAUUUAUCCAUAUACUGGAUGGAUGUUUACGUAUUAUUUUUAUGUCUGGCCACAUUUGUCCUUAUUAGUAUAUCCGUUAACUGGAAUGGCACAAACAGUAUCAGUGUAUUUAACAUUAACAGUGACAUUAGAACGUUUUGUAGCAGUGUGUCAUCCAUUACGGGCCCGAUCACUUUGUACACUGGGUCGAGCACGUUUAUAUGUGAUAGUGAUUAUAAUAUUUUCUGUGCUAUAUAAUUUUCCAAAAUUUUUUGAACCGUCAAUGGGAGAAGCAAAGUUUGUUGUGAAUGUAAAGUUGAAUGUGACUGUGUAUUGUGUUGGUGCGUCAAAUUUACGUUUGGAUGAGAACUAUAUUAAAAUUUACACACAUUGGUUAUAUUUAGUGUUUUUGUAUUUUAUACCGUUCAGUAGUUUAGCUGUAUUAAAUGCAGCUAUUUAUCGGCAGGUGCGUAAAGCAAACGCUGAACGACAACGUUUAUCAAGGCUGCAACGACGUGAAAUUGGUUUGGCAACAAUGUUAUUAUGUGUUGUUAUGGUAUUUUUUCUUUGCAACAUACUACCAUUAGUGGUGAACGUAAUGGAAGCAUUUUGGAAGGAAAUGUUAGAUGAAAUGGUGCAAACCAGCAAUCUAUUAGUGACAAUUAAUUCUAGUGUGAAUUUCAUUAUUUAUGUAAUAUUUGGUGAAAAAUUCAAGAGGAUUUUUUUACGGUUAUUUUGCAGUCACGGGAUAUUCGGCACAACAAUAGGACGCGAAUCACCAGACGGUGCAACGCACGACGACAGUCUAGCUUCAACGGCAGAUCGUCAGAGCAUUCGUUUACAUCGACAAAACACCGCGUUAAGUAGGAAUGGCAUGUCAACACGAGUCGUAAACGGCUCAGUAACUAAUGGAAAAGAUCGUAGUCGUAGUGUUCGUGCACGGCCACCAAGUCCAGGUCCAUGUGUUUAUUAUCCAGCGUCACGUGGCUGCAAAGACAUUAGUAUAGUCCCCACAAUACCAACCACAAUGACUAUAAUUAUAAGAGAUGUAUCCUCACCAACAGGUUCUGAAUGGGAAAACGGAGGAAAUAAUAGUACAGGAUUUUAAUUAUAAAAUCAUUAUGCUCAUUAAAAAUAAUAUAUAAAAUUGUUUUAUUUUUCUACCAAUUAUUUGUUUAGGUAACCGCAUACAAGGCUUUAAAAGAAUUUUAAGCGUCGAUUAUUGUAGGUUUUUACUUUUCCAUAAAUAAGCCUAAAAAUAAGUGAAUUUAGCAAUUUUCACGCAUCGAUUAUUCAUAUGUAAAGUAUGCAAUUGUAAGGGAAUUUGGCAUAUAUAUAGUCUAAAUAAAAAAUGGAAAGAUCUUUUUGAAAAAUAAAAAAUUGAUUUUAGCAUCGCAUGACCGGGACGGGGGUGCACAAAUAACUGUACAAAAGUUAGAAGUACAAAAGUGGGGUGCACAAAUAGGUGUUUUAACAGUCUCUUAAAUCCAAAAUUUUAACAUUAUAUGACUUAUUAUUUUACCCUUAUACGGAUAUGUAAAGGCCGAAAGUGCUGACGUCAUGCCGAAACUAAUUAAAAUUGAUUCAGGGAUGUGCAAAAUAUU